UGUUGGUAAACUUAUAUCUAACUAUGUUUACUUUGCUUUUACUUUACUCAGGCAGCACAAAUGAUCUAAAACUUCCUUAAUUCUCUCUUUGCAUGCAGCUUCAUUAACAAGCCAUUUUUUCUUUAUAAUUUUUCUUGUGGCAUGUGUCCAAUCCUAUAUAUUACACUUAUAAAGCACUGCAUUUGAACUUUGAAGAUAGGGAAUCUUAAGGGUUUGCUUUCUAAUUCUCUGUACAUAUUCUGUGUUCAGGCAUUUUUCCUCAGCUGUUUCUUGUCAUAUCAUCUCAGUAGUAACCGUUUAUUGAAAAUGAAUAUCAUCAUCAUCAUCAUCAUCAUCUUCAUCACUUUUAUUUAUAUAGCGCCUUUCCCAUGCUCAAGGAAGCUUUACAAUCAAGGAGCAUCAUGACAAUAUGACUGUUUCCUCAUAGUCCAUGGUCAUAUGCAUUGUUCAUUUGUAAUCUGUUCAUUAGGCAGUUAGUCAGUAGUUUUAGCAGGACGAGCGGAAACACCUGAGACAUUGGACAAGUAUUGCCCUGUUGGUGUCUGAGGCUUGUUUAAGUACGUAACAGGCUAAGGGAAAUAGUAGGAGCAUCAACCAACUGGAAAGACCAUCAGCAGGCGAUGGCGGAGAGAGCAUCACUGAGUGAGCAUCUUGCUGGCAGUCAGAGCGAGCUGCCGGCAAAAACGAUGAAGGACAGCGAGAUCGAGGUGCAUCUUCCUCUGGGUACACAGCCCUCGCUCAGGGAGAAAUACCUCAACUACCACAACACUGUCAGGUUUGGUCGGAUUUUGGAGGACCUUGACAGUUUAGCAGUGCUCAUCUGUUACUCUCACACGUGGAAUAAAGAGCUGGACAGAUCCCCGCUGUCUAUCGUCACAGCCCUGGUGGACAAGAUUGACAUGAGAAAGAACAUUAUCUACCCAGAUUGUGACAUCAAGUUCACAGGUCAUGUGACCUGGGUUGGCAAGUCCUCAAUUGAAGCCAAGAUGCACAUGACACAGUUCCAUGAUGGGGCUUAUAGUCCUGUGCUAGAUGCAACAUUUGUGAUGGUGGCCCGAGAUCCAGAGAACAAGAGGGCGGCUUUUGUAAACCCACUGAAACUGCAGGGGCCGGAGGAGGAGAAGAUUUUUCAGCAAGGAGAGAUUAACAAGAAAAGGCGCGUGGACUUGAGCACAGCCUCUUUACUGAAGGUGGCACCAACUGCUGAAGAGAGGACGAUCGUUCACAGCCUGUUUCUCAACACUCUCGACACAAAAACUGUCAGCUUCCGGAGUCGAAUCCUUCCACCCAACUCCAUGUGGAUGGAGGAUGCUAAAAUGAAGGGCUUGGAGAUAUGUCAUCCACAGGAAAGGAACAUAUUCAAUCGGAUAUUUGGAGGCUUCCUGAUGAGGAAGGCGUAUGAGCUGGGCUGGGCUAAUGCCUGUGCAUUUGCUGGCUCUAGACCAAUUCUGGUAGCUGUGGAUGAUAUCCUAUUCCAGAAGCCAGUAGAGAUUGGUUCCCUGCUGUUGCUGUCUUCACAGGUGUGUUACACUGAGGGUGAGCACAUACAGGUCAGAGUUCACACUGAGGUUCUUGACCCCCUGACCCGACAGCACAGCACCACCAACGUCUUUCACUUUACAUUCCUAGUAGAGAAGGCUGUUCCAGCUGUUGUUCCACAGAGCUAUGGAGAGUCCAUGCUCUACCUGGAUGGCAAAAGGCACUUUAAUGAGACGAUGAAGAGCCAGUGAAGACGACGAGAUCUGGCCAUGAAUAAAGCUUCCUGCCAAUGCAUUGCAAUGCAGUAUCACACACUUUCACACGAUCAAAAGAAAACCCUCGUAACUCCACCACAGUUUGGAUUCUUUUCCAGAAAUUGAUAACUGACGCUCCCCUCUGCUUUCUCAGAUUGUUUUGUUACUGUGGACGAUGGAGAAAAUCCUCUGUGAAUUUUUUAUUUUUUAGACCGUACAGCAUCAUUCAUAAAUUAUUUCUUUGUCCUGCCGAACAAUUCACCUUUUGGGGUUGAGUGUUUUUUAAUAGCGGUUUAUGACAUAUUUAUAUAAUGAUAGCAUAUUGUUAAAUUGAGAAUGUUCCCAAUUUAAUAUUCUUGAAAAUGUAUGUUGUAUUUUUGUGUUUGAGAACACAUGGACAUAUGGAAGUUGAAAGGUUUCCCAUGUAAUAUUCUUAGAAUAUUUAUCUAUACUGAUAGUUGCUUUAAGUAUCUUGUAAGUUACAGGUGGAUUGCAGGCACUACAUAAUAGGAUGGUUAAGACUGUAUAGGAACAUUUAGUGCGUGUUGCUAAUCUAAGACACAAAAAGAUUUUUUUGUAUUUUAUAUCAAAUGCUGUACAGCUGUACUGAAUUUAGCCAAAGCAUCCAAAGGCCUUCAGUCAUUUAAGCAUUCUUUAUGAUGGGCUGUUUUAUUUUUAGCAUAUCGUCAUUGUUGGGACAAAAUCUUGCAUCUCCAUUUUUGUUGUUUUUUAGUUUACAUUGUGUAAAAAUCGCAAUAAACAGAAGAAUAGAAAUAAAUCUUGCUAUAUAAAUUUGAUUUAAAGGUAAGAAGGUUUUUCCCUUCUCCUGUAAGCUUACCACGUUAGAGGUGCAAAGUGUUGUCAGACAGUGACGAUAUGCAGCAGUGUUUUGUUGCUGUUUCUAGGUGAGUUUUCACCAUUUGCACAUUUUCCAGCUCUUGAUGGCAGUGAUUCUCAGACUGGGUAAAUAAAAACAAAAUUAGGGUUUUAAAAAUAAAAUACUUUGUUAUCGUACCUAAUUUAAUCUGGUCAUAUUGGAAAAUAACUAGAUAUUUUCCAGUUUUUGUCACAAUAAUUCUAAAUAAGUUCAUAACUGACAGCUGUAGUAAGGCUAUAGACUUGAUAUUUAGCAAGCCAGAAAACAGGUAACCAGAAUAAAGGGUUCAAAGGUUUUUAGCAUAAAAACACUAAUUUUCUCUUGUAGACAGGAGGAUGAAUUUCUAACACACUGCCGUGUGUGGAGGGUUAUCCCAUGUUAUCCAUGAACAGAUUCUAAUAUGAAUGUCUACAUACAGCUCAGCGGUCCCGCAUAGUAUUAGUAAAGAAAAACCUCAAGUGCAUUUUUUCCGCAUUGUGGAUUUUUUUCCAUUUAUACACCAGCUAUAACAAAUUUUGCAUGACAGAACAAAACGUUUUAAGUCUUUAUCUUCUGUUAAGACAAACAAUGGUUAUCCAUCAUCUGAUGUGUUUUAAAAACACGUUACAGCUUUUUAAUAAAGUUCGACGGAAAAUAUUCAAAACGUU